CAUCUCUCAAGAUCUCAGAUCUCAAGGCCUAACCAUUGUAUCUCUUUAACGUGCUCCCUCAUCGCUUCCGAAUCAUAUCUACAAAUGUGCCUGCAAAUUGUACAGGCACCAAAUCCGGAGCGCCACACCUUUUGCUUCCUAAUGCCAUGAUCCCUCUUGUUUCGUCAUCGAGAGAGCGUUUGGCAAGUUGAGUCAAGACUACAUCAGCUAAUGACUCCGAACGCCUACUCUACUAGUAGCCUAGCACAAAGAUAUUGGAAUGGAAGAGUCGACCGAUCUCGCGUCCGAGAGCCCUCUUGGUUGGUGAGUAUAAUAGAUGAACAACAGGCUUCAAGAAACUAUAUGAUUGAGAGCGCCGACUCCAAGGGGCAAUUUUUGACGGUGGAAAACGGGAAUAUCCAGCUCCACUCGGAAGACUCCCACAGCGUACAAGUCUGGAAACUCACGAUCAGCGAUAAUUGGGUGAACUUCCAAGGCGUACCGCCUGAUGGAAAGGAAGGAAAAAUUAUUGGUGUCAGCACGGGGGCGUCCACACUGGUUUAUGGCGAUGGCAUUCUGGAGGACUUUCAGCUGGAGAGCGCCGCCAACAAUACUUUUCGUCUACAUCUUGACUGGGAUUCUGUAUAUAACAGCAUGCAAAUUGUCAGGGGACCGAAAUACUUCUGGAGGGAUGAGGGAUCUUUGUCGUCAUAUGUUGUUUCGCUAGAUUGUGUCAGUGCUUCUAAAGUGUAUUCAACUGCACUUAUCAGAGCGAUGGACGAUUCGAUGUUGGUCGAAACCUGGGCAAAUUAUGAUCUCCCAUUGCAGUUGGUCGCACUUUACCAGUCCGUUCCUCUUGCAUCUGACCUCUCCCUCGUUCAUGUCAUUCAACCCACUGUUGCUAGUCCUGCUCGAGCAGUACGAAUGCGGUCGGAACGUUCAGCGCAAGAAGCUGGCAUUGGGAGAAUGAGAAACCGUGUUGUGGAAGAGGAAGGCUCAGAUGUAGUAGAUCUUGGUGAAGAGGAAUCUGGAUCAAUGGACAAGCUGAAUUUUGCAUGGAGGUCGUCGAUGGUGACUUCGAGCUCUGUAAUGUUGAGCCGGAGUCCUCUUGCUUUGUUUUUGCGUGCUGCAGGGACCUAUGUAGAGACAGAAGACAGUGAAACUGAUAUCUCUAGACUCCUUGACGCUGUGGGGGAUGGGGCCGAUGAAUUUUAG